CCCCUCGGGCCCUCCCAGCCUCUCCACGUAAGCCCCCCCCCACCUGCCUCUCUCCCUCCCCUCCCCCAUCCGCAGCCUCCUCGUCCUGUCCCCUCUCCCUCUGUCCUCUCACCCAGUCCUCUCCUCGGCUUGCUCCCAACCCUCUGGCUGGCUCUCUCUGGCUCCCUUGCUCGGAUCCUCCCUUUCCCCCAGUCUCUCCCAUCUGCCCAGUCUCCAUCUAACUCCCUUUCUCUGAUCCUGGGCGGGUAGGGCUCUCCAGUCCCAUCCCCUCCCCACCCUGUCUGUCCCCUUUGUGCCCCUUUCUCUUCUUCUCUCUCCUUCCCCGGCCUGGCGUCCCUUCUCCACCCCCGUAACUCCCUUCAGCUCGGCCUCCCAGCCCUUUCCCGGCUGCUUCCGGGCUUCCUGCCGGAGGCCUGAGCCACCAUGCUGACCCCCAUGGUGGCCGGGGGGGUGGUGUUCCCCGGACUCUUCCUCCUCUCCAAGAACACGCUCCAGCGGCUGCCCCAGCUGCGCUGGGAGGAGGCCGACGCGGUCAUUGUCUCAGCCAGGCUAGUGUCCUCUGUCCAAGCUGUAAUGGCCUCCACUGCUGGCUAUAUCGUCUCCACCUCCUGCAAGCACAUCAUAGAUGACCAACACUGGCUGUCUUCCGCCUACACGCAGUUUGCAGUGCCCUACUUCAUCUAUGACAUCUAUGCCAUGUUCCUGUGUCACUGGCACAAGCACCAGGUCAAGGGGCACGGAGGGGACGAAGGCAGCACCAGAGCCCCGGGCAGCACCUGGGCGGUGGCACGUGGUUACCUGCACAAGGAGUUCCUCAUGGUGCUCCACCACGCCGUCAUGGUGCUCGUGUGCUUCCCGCUGUCGGUGGUGUGGCGUCAAGGGAAGGGAGACUUCUUCCUAGGCUGCUUGCUGAUGGCAGAGGUCAGCACCCCCUUCGUCUGCCUUGGCAAGAUUCUCAUCCAGUACAAACAGCAGCACACCCUGCUGCACAAGGUGAACGGGGCCCUGAUGCUGCUCAGCUUCCUUUGCUGCCGGGUGCUGCUCUUCCCCUACCUGUACUGGGCCUACGGGCGGCACGCGGGCCUGCCCCUGCUCGCCGUGCCCCUCGCCCUCCCUGUCCACGUCAACCUGGGCGCCGCGCUGCUCCUCGCCCCGCAGCUCUACUGGUUCUUCCUCAUCUGCCGCGGGGCCUGCCGCCUCUUCCGGCCCCGGGGCUCCCGGCCGUCCUCUCCCUGUCAGACCCAGGACUGAGGGUGGGGCCGAGGGCGGGGGACCCUCCCCACCCCACCCCCAUCCCCACCGCGUGGGAACAGGGCUCUGGGCCGCUGGGCUACGAGUGGGAGCCAGGGGCCUCUGGCCCUGACAGCCCCCCGGAAACUGACAGAUGGACUCCGACGGGGUCGAGUCACGUCCCUUCAGGGGCUGGGGGCCGGGACCAGGGGAGACGGAAGGCAGGAAGAGGGGACUUCUCCCCACAGUGCCUGAGCCGAGGGGUCGACCCCCUCCUGCAUACCCCUUUCUCCAUCACGUCCCCUGGGCCCUGGAGAAGCGAAGAGGAAGAAGGCGCACCCCUUCUCAUCCGCUUAGGGCUUUUGAGGCUGUGGGGAGCCUGACGGGACCAGGACUCAAAGAAUUGUGGGGGAGGCCCUGCUGCCAAGGCCGUCCCAGCCCCCCUGCUGCAAACUCCUCUGGGAGGGAGGCAACACCCCCUCUAACGUCCCUGGUAUGGUCAUCUCCACAGCUUCUCUCCAAGGGAGGCCAGCCUGAGGAAUCUUAUUUAUUUUAUUUAUUUAUUCAAAUUUGUUGGGGUGGGGGGAGGGAGGUGGCUGCUACCCCCCAGCCUUCCCAGUGCUGAGCAACCCCGGGGGGCAAGUGGGGGAGCGCCCAGCCCCUUCCCUGUUAAGCUGACAUCUUGCCCCUGGGCCCUGGCAUGUCCCUGGUGCUACAGACUUCUCGAGGCUUCCUCCAAUCUGGGGUCGGGGGGACCCUGGGAGGUGCUUUACAGACUGCUAAUAAAGACAUCAGCGUGAACGCCACCAAGGCCCUGUCACCCAGUUCUUUGGGGUUGGGGAGGGAUCAAGCGUCUGGGGGCAGACAGCACCAUAACAGAUUGACUGUGGGACAGGGCAGGCCCCCCAAGCUGAGCAGUCAGGGAGAAAGAAGCAAGGACUCUUAUUCAUCAGCA